UGUAUAUUUUUUAAGAUAUGACAGUUUUGACGAAAAGAGAAUGGCAACCUUCUUUUCACUCUGCCUUUUUUCAUAUAUUAAAAAACAACGUCUGAACCUUUUCAUCAGCUUGUUCAAAAAUAUAAUUGUUUCAGAGUGGGAAUUAAUGAAGUCAUUAAUAUAAAUGAAGUCUGGCCUUGUUGUUCUAUUGUGUAGCCAAAUUGGAUCUCAGUUAACUCAGAAGAAAGUUGUUUUUCAUUCAUGCCAAAGUUACAUUUUGAUAAGCUCACGUAACAGUAGAUUAUUUCCGAAAUUGCUAUUAAUUUUUCAGCAAUUUUGGUUUGUCGCCAUUCAGUCGAUGGGAGCUCAGGUACACUGUUAUCAGCGGGCAUGUUUUAUUAGCUUAUAAAUUAUUCAAGUCAACUUUUUCUCAUUAUAACUCUAUUCAUUGAACUGAUCUAUAGAUUAUUUGAGAGUUGAGGUGUUUUAUUGGACUUGCUUUCGCUGUUUGAUUUUGUCCGCGAGCUGUGAUGACGGGCAGCGGGUGAGCCGAGGGCUGGAGCAGGAGCUUGCAUGGCUCUUUAUGGGAAAUUCAGGACCAUGAAUGGUCGCAGCAGUCGUAACCAGCCGACCCCGACCUCGAAGGGGAUGGUAGGUGGCCAGAUGGAUAUCCCUACUUUGCGUAUCCAGGCUGGAACUCCUCUACCCUCUUCUACGCGUGCUACUCCCGUCCCGCAGCAAGCCAAUGGCAGCCAUGACACCAAGCUGCCCGCCAUUGCCGGUACCCCCGUGGUCAGCAAAUCCCAAACAGCUUCUCCGUCCUCUCAGGCUGAUUUAGGGCAUAGCGGGGGACAACAGAAGCCUGUGUUUGCUGUCCCUGCCCAGCCCAGACCCCUCCCCCACUCCUCACACUCUGGCAGUGGGGGCUACGGUAGUGGGGCCACGGGGUACUCAAGGCCAAUUAAACAAGACCCAGGCUAUAGUAAUGGAUUUGGACCCCAGUGUUUUGGGCUGGCAACAUCUUCGUCCUACACACCAGCCACAUCGCACUUCAGUGCCGUUAAUGGCAUGAGCUCAAAACUGAUGCCUAUGAAUGGCGGCAUGAGUCCACGCCACAUUAAAUUGCCCAAUCACAUGCUACAGAACCAAUCGCCAACUCCCAGUGAUGUAUCCAGCAUUCGUCUCAACAACUCGCGGCACCAGGCAACCACUCCCGCUAUGUCAGUGUCCUCGGACACGCCGCGCUCUCCAGGGAGCAACACAAGUGAGCGGCCAUCUUUUCUUGAACCAAGCAUUCCCCCUGUGAAACAAGAGUGGAACGGUAGCUCGUAUAAAGUCCUGCCAGCCAUCAGUGGGAGUGACUAUGGAGAUCAGUCUCUACCACCCCCUAGUUCACUGUCCCACUAUGCUGGCAGCCAGAACUCACUAUCUCCCUUUCCAAAUUUCAUCCCAGAAAUCUCCUCACCCUCUGGGUCCAGUUUUGCGAGCCCUCGCCAGUCUGCUCGCUCGAGGAAGAGGGCGCUCUCUUCUAUCUCCCCUCUCUCUGCAGAAGGCCUGGACUUGGAUCGUAUUAUCCGUACCUCACCAACCUCGUUGGUAGCGUACGUCAAUGGGCACUGUAUGUCCCCACAGAUGGGGCUGCAGGCGGGCUGUUAUGGACACUUAUCGGCACGAAACAGCAGCAGCAGCCCCACCGGCUCAGGGUCCUCCAGCAACAGGCUGAACACACCGACCAGCUCAGUGUCUCACAUGUCAGCCUCCUUUUACAAAAAUGCCAAAGAGCAGCAGGAUUUCAUCGAUGCGUCCACAGUGUCAAACUACAUGGGUAACUUGGAGAACGGUCCCCACAACGGGAUGCCUCCUCAGGGCAGCAUGCAGAAUAUGAUGGUGGGCCGCCAAGGGGAUGUGGAAAUGAUGGACCACACCAUGAUGAUGAAUCAGAUGAACACUUUUAAAACUGAACAAAUGAAUCAAAUGAACUCUUUCAAUUCACAGCCGGCAAUGCCUCCAACGAGCAUGAAGCCACCUCCUGUUCCAUCGUCAAUGCAUUCUCAGAUGAUUCCGACGCGGCACCCGCCUCCGCGCCCUCCUCCACCCUAUCCACAGGCAGUAGAACAGCAGGGGUACAACAGCAAUGGGGAGAACUAUGAACUAGAAGAUGGGGAGAAUCGACAGCUUACAUGCAAGUGGAUUGACUGUAACCAAAUAUUUAAUGAGCAGGACGAUCUUGUCCGCCAUAUUGAAAAAGUGCACAUUGAUCAACGAAAAGGGGAAGAUUUUACAUGUUUCUGGCAGGGAUGUCAACGACGCUAUAAGCCAUUUAAUGCACGCUACAAACUGUUGAUACACAUGCGUGUGCAUUCAGGAGAGAAGCCUAAUAAAUGCACGUUUGAAGGUUGUAAUAAAGCUUUCUCACGCCUGGAGAAUCUGAAGAUUCAUCUACGGUCACAUACAGGAGAGCGGCCAUACUUGUGCCAACACACGGGCUGUCAGAAAGCAUUCAGCAACUCCUCGGACAGGGCCAAACAUCAGAGAACACAUUUAGACACAAAACCGUAUGCUUGCCAGAUCCCAGGCUGUACUAAGAGGUACACGGACCCCAGCUCUCUCCGCAAGCAUGUCAAGAAUCACACACAGAAGGAGCAGCAGGCUCGAAAAAAGAUGCGCAGUGCCAACAGUGCAGAGUACGGCUCAGAAGAUCUCAAUGGCUGCCUCCAAAUCUCGCCAAUCAAGCCACGUGACUCCCCCAUGGGGGAUCACCACAAUGACAGUGGCAUUGGUAGGUGGUCGUCGUACGGCUCGCUCCCAGGCACAGCGUCCGGCCACUCAGCAGGAACCCUGUAUUCCAGCACCCAUUCUAGUCGCAGUAACACAGCCAACUACAGUAACCACCAGUCCCCUGUGAGCAUGCACGGCAGUCCCAUGAUGCCGCACAUGAGUGAUGAUGGGAUGAGUGGCUUCUCCCCCAACCCUCAUCACCAGAUGAGCCCUGGCGCACCCCAACCCAUGACGAACAUGACACAGCAGCAGAGCAUGACAAUGGUGGCCCAGCAGAACAUGCCCCUGCCCCAGGGGAACAUGACCAUGCAGCCAUCACCCCAGCAGAGUAUGGGGAUGCAGCCCCAGCCACCCCAAGGGAAUGGCAUGAGCUACUCACCCCCAGACUCUUCACUGAACCCACACCCCAAGUUACCGUCCAUUGCCAGAGUGCCUCCACAACAGAUGGCAGCACCGCAGGCUCCUCCUCCACAGUACCCUGGAUAUCAACAGCAGUAUCAACAACAGCAGCAGUACCAGCAGUUUAACCAGCAGCAGAUGCCCAUGUCUAAUGUGUACGUUUCUGUUGCAGUGAACAGUGGUGGAGGCGGGCAGUACAUGCAGGUGCACACCUCGUACCAGAACUCCAUGACACAGCAGGACACCGUCAUGAACCAGCAGGCCAGCAUGAACGCCAUGAACAUGGCUGCCAACAACAUGAAGGUCAUGCGCCAGCCGAGUCCGCGCAGCAUGGUCCCCAUCCCAGCUUUCGAAGACACUAUUGCCAGUUUGACUCUGGAACAGAAAUCAAAUGGCUAUGGUGACUGUAGUCAGGGUGGUUUUGACGGGAUGGGUUACAGUGAAGAAUCCAAUCAGUUUCUUCAGCUGAAUGCUGUGGACAGGUGUAACAGCCAGCUCUCUGCAGUCUUUGCUGAUGGGUCUUCAUAACACUGACGUUUUACUAAUGGCUCCAUAGGCUGCUCCCAUUGCAACAGGUUGUCCACGGCAACAGACUGCAGCACAAGUGCCUUGAAGUUUAAAAUUUACAUUCUGCAAACUGUGUCCAUUGUACUAUUUACAUGUAGUCCAUCCAGCUUGAUUUUUAAGUCAGAAACAUUUUCAAAAACUAUUGUCAUGGAAUUUCUUUUUGCACUGUCACAAGUUCAGCAUGGAGAAAGUAAAUGAUGUAUGAUCAGGACAAUGAAGAUGCCAGGCAUACUUGGUAUGAUCGCAGCAGAAGACAGCAGUUAACUUGAAGGCAUUGUAACAUUUUACCGGUGGUUUGAUUGUUUACUUUGAUAGAGGAUAGUCUUUCCAUUGAGGGUUGAACAGGUAUAUGAAGAGGUGCCAGAUGUAUGGAGAUUGAACAGUUGGCUGCUGUUGAUAGAAAAGUGCAUUUUUGAAAGAUUCAUGAAAGAAGAUACUACUAGAUAUUAUUAUGGUGGAGUGGGCAAAAUCACUCUUAAGUUUAAUUACAGUUUGGUUUUGUAAAUCGUAUUAUGUUAGACCCACAUGCAUACAUGUUUACACAUUCAUGUGCCGGCACGUGCGCGCACACACACAGACACACAUAGAUAUUCUGUUUUAUUGUGCAAGAUAAAUGCAUGAUGUAUAUAUAUUUUUGUAUGUGCCAUACAAUUUGAGCUAUAGUGAUUAGGUAUUCCCCUUCAGUGGACAUAAUCAUUUUGAUAUAAGGGGAAAUCAAGCUCAAUGCUAUGUGAAGCAAUAUGACUUGCUUGCAAGAGAAAUUCCGUCCUAACUAGUAUUGUACUUCAACAAUCAAGUAGAACAAUCAAAUUUUUUAAAGACUUUAAAUAUAGCACAUUUGUCUCACUGUCUUAUUAUUGUUUCAUUGUGACUUCAAAGGGAGUAGCACAUGAAACGUCUGCAUUUAUGUCUUUUUCCAAACACAAUGCCAUCCAUCUUCUGUCAGCCAAUGAAAUUAUAAAAUGUAUCAUGAAGAAUAUUGGUAACUGACAGUUGAAUGACUAUUUAUUAUUUACAUUUGUUUGAAGGUUAAUUUUAUUCAAUUUGUGUAAUUUCUAAACUCACUUAAUGUAGAUAAAGCACGGCAGACGUUGAAAUGGAUUUGACAAAGUCAGAUGACCGAUAGCUCGACCAGGCCCAAGUAUAGCAAGCUUACAGUAUAUAGUUGCACUCAGAGAGAGUAGAGCAGUAGCAUAGCAAGGCUUAAUGAUAUACAGGCAAUGUGUUUAAUGUAAACAAAUUGACUAAAUUACUUAACUGCCAUUUUGGUGUAUAUAAAUAUAUAUAUAUUGAUUUAAAAAAAAAAGCAAUUAAUGUGAUUACUAAGAAGGAUGAGUAAGCAGCUAGUGCUGAAGAACAACCAUGACGUGAUCGAUCAGUGAUGAUUGGUUCAAAGUUUGCUAUGUACAAGCAUAGGGGAUGUAGAGGCUUAAAUAACGCAGUAGUGUACCAUGGCUUCUGGCUGUCCGUAGCUUCAGUGUCAGAUCAGGACAGACCUCUGGAUCAGAGAACAACGGUGUUGUCAACUCAUACUGUACUACUGGUGUGGAUUGAAGGCACUUCAACUCUUAUUUUAUCAUUUAUAGUGUGUUGCAAUUGUGUGCCUGUGAAUGUGAACUUGUUUAAUAUUAUGAAUAUUAUUGUGUUUAUUACUAUCAUUAUGUGUUUUCUUUAAUUAUCAUUAAUCUUGUUAUAUAUAUAUAUAUAUAUAUAUAUGUCAUUAUUUUGACUAGUUUAUUGAAAAUGAUAACUCUAGUUUCAUGUGCACCCACACGUCCACGUGACACUGUUUUGUAAUAUAUUGUUCACUGUACAUGUCAACAGUUCUCAAAAACAAAGGUUUAUUUUGAAGAGUUAAAUAUAGUUUAGUCUAGUUAGGGAGUGACUGAUAUAUUUACAUAUUAUACCGUCCAAAAAGAAUUUUGAAGAAAAGAUAUAUUUUGUAAUUAAAAUAAAUCUAUGAUUGCAGGAAUCCUAUUUUUGUGUAUGUAAAAUGCUGAGCAUAUAUAGGAAUUGAGAAAAGAUGCAUUUAUAUUAAAUCAUUCCUUUAUUCUUUGUAUGGUUUAAGGUAUUUAUGAUCACUCAAAGUGCUUGGUUUAUUUAACAAUCGUGUGGCCAAACUUGAUUAAAACACAUUUCAUAAUAUCUAGUCAGUUCAGUUAUAGUUUUAAAAUAGACGUAAUUAAUGUACAAAGGUAAUGUUAGGCAGUAAAAACAAAAUCACAUCUGAUUGAGUAGAUAAAAAUAGAGCAAGAACAGGCCAAGUUUCAUUGAAUGCCAAAGUUUUAAUAUAAUAUUUUUAUGAAAGUUGCACAUUUUAGAAAAAAAAUGUAGAUUUAGGUGAUACAAACACAUUUUUGUACAGAAAACUAAGUAGUGAUAUGCCAAAUGCUGUAAAGUUUAUAGCCUUUUUCAUGUAGUGGUGAUCAGAGCAAUGGCGCCAUCUAGUGUUGGUUUAGUCACACGAUUGUUGAAUGCUGCAUGGUUGAAGAUUUCCCAAAUGUGUAAAGCCAAGACAUAUAUGAAGGAAAUGGUGCAUGACUCUUUGCCAAAGCAAAUGUUUCUUUUUUUGUUUCAAACUUUGAAGAUAUUAUAUUUCUUGGUAUGUAAUACAAUUUCUUUUCUUUGCAAAAUGAAUUAUGUUGGAAUAUUAUUAUUGCCACAAUUACAGAAUUUUAUAUUAACGUGAAAAAAUGUAUGUUAUAUUUGAUUGAUCAAAGUGCACUGGUUUUAAACUGUACUGAACUUCACAAAGCGAGACAGAAGUUUCAUUUAAUUAAGGUGACCAUUUUUGCCCCAAGGGGUUUAAGUGAAGUUGAGUUGCUAACCGUAAGGGUAAAAUUGAUUUUUAAUUUCCUUGUAAUAUUGAGGCUUGUAAGGACCACUACUUUCUCAUAACUCAGAUAAGGUUGAAGAACUAACAGCUUACUGUAACAUUUCUAGAAGGUGAAGUAAGGAAAAACUGAGUGCUGUGGAUGUAGUUGGAAGCCAGCAUAAUCUAACAGUUUAGGUCUUUGGUUUCAUGUGCCCAUUUUGGAAAGUAUUCCUUUAAGACCAUAUCAUAAACUUGUUUGUCAAUAAAUCAUUAUUUAUUCAA